AUGGCGCCGCGCCAGCCGCUGCUCCCCAGCUUCCUCUACGCGGCGUCGCCCGGCGCGAGCGGCUGCAGGGAGGCGCCACCGGUGGUGGCGGCGGCGCCGAGCGAGCCGUUCGGCAAGAUCGAGAUGUUCUCGCCCGCCUACUACGCGGCGGGGGCCAUCGGCGGGGCCGCGGCCUGCGGGUUCACGCACGCCGCCGUGACGCCGCUCGACGUCAUCAAGUGCAACAUCCAGAUCGACCCUGCCAAGUACAAGAGCACCUCGUCGGCGUUCGGCGUGGUGAUGAGGGAGCAGGGCCUCCGGGGCUUCUUCAGGGGCUGGGCGCCGACGUUCGUGGGCUACAGCGCGCAGGGCGCGUUCAAGUACGGCCUCUACGAGGUCUUCAAGAAGAAGUACGCCGACAUGGCCGGCCCCGAGUACGCCGCCAAGUACAAGACCCUCAUCUACCUGGCGGGCUCCGCCACCGCCGAGGUCUUCGCCGACGUCGCGCUCUGCCCCAUGGAGGCCGUCAAGGUCAGGGUGCAGACGCAGCCCGGGUUCGCCAGGGGGCUCAGCGAUGGCUUCCCCAAGAUCGUCAGGGCCGAGGGCUACGCAGGGCUAUUCAGAGGACUGGUUCCUCUUUGGGGGCGACAGAUUCCUUACACCAUGAUGAAGUUCGCGACAUACGAGAACAUCGUGGAGAUGACCUACAAGCACCUCAUCCCCACUCCAAAGGAUCAGUGUAGCAAACCUCUCCAGCUCGGAGUAAGCUUCGGGAGCGGCUACGUCGCCGGAGUCUUCUGCGCUGCCGUUUCGCACCCUGCAGACAACUUGGUUUCGUUCCUCAACAACUCCAAGGGAGCCACCGUCGGAGAUGCUGUCAAGAACCUUGGCCUGUUGGGCCUCUUCACCCGUGGCCUUCCCCUUCGCAUUCUGAUGGUCGGUACCCUGACUGGCGCUCAGUGGGUGAUCUAUGAUUCCUUCAAAGUUAUGAUUGGACUGCCAACGACUGGUGGAGCGCCUGCUCCUACUGUCCCAAUCGAAGGACUGGGAGAGCUAAAAGCCUCUGCCUGA